CCCGCCCGCCCGCCCCACUCCUCAUUCACUUGGCUCGCACGGUGCAGACGGCGCUCGCAGCACACGCCGCCGGUCCGUGCGCCGAGCCGGAGGCCGCGGGGACCCCUCGGGCCAUGCACGCCCCGCACUGAAGCGAUCGCCGCCGAGCCAGCCGCCAGCUCCGGGCACAAAGGAAAAAUAAAAGCCCCCCCUGCGCCUUUCGGGGAGCUCCGCACUCCCGCGGGACCCUCAACCGAGAGACUCCCCCUCCCUCCCCGCACCCCGAACACCCCUUUCCGGGUCGCCGGGCAGCGAGCAGCGGCAGCAGCGCGCGGUGGCCCCGGUUCGCCGCGCCAUGGAGCGGAUCCCCAGCGCGCAGCCACCCCCGGCCUGCCUGCCCAAAACGCCGGUGCUGGAGCCCGGAGACCUGCCCGGGAUGGACUUCGCCCACAUGUACCAAGUGUACAAGUCGCGGCGGGGCCUGAAGCGGAGCGAGGACAGCAAGGAGACCUACAAACUGCCACACCGGCUCAUCGAGAAAAAGAGACGUGACCGGAUUAACGAGUGCAUCGCCCAGCUGAAGGACCUCCUGCCCGAACAUCUCAAACUUACAACUUUGGGUCACUUGGAAAAAGCAGUGGUUCUGGAACUUACCUUGAAGCACGUGAAAGCACUAACAAACCUAAUUGAUCAGCAGCAGCAGAAAAUUAUUGCCCUGCAGAGCGGUUUACAAGCUGGUGAGCUGUCAGGAAGAAAUGUGGAAGCAGGCCAAGAGAUGUUCUGCUCGGGUUUCCAGACCUGUGCCCGGGAGGUGCUUCAGUACCUGGCCAAGCAUGAGAACACUCGGGAUCUGAAGUCCUCGCAGCUGGUGGCACACCUUCACCGCGUGGUCUCCGAGCUGCUGCAGGGGGGCACGGGUAGGAAACCAUCAGACUCGGUCUCCAAAGCCAUGGACUUGAAGGAGAAGUCCGGCUCCCUGGUCAGAGGCUCGGAAGGCCCCGGGAAAAACUGUGUGCCCGUCAUCCAGCGGACUUUCGCUGCCUCGAGCGGCGAGCAGAGCGGCAGCGACACGGACACAGACAGUGGCUACGGAGGAGAAUCGGAGAAAGGUGACCUGCGUGGGGAACAGCCCUACUUCAAAGGCGAUCUGGGGCGCAGGUUCACCCUGGGAGAACGGGUCAGCACCAUUAAGCAGGAAUGCGAAGAGCCCCCCUCGAAGAAGAGCCGCAUGCAGCUCCCCGAGGAUGAAGGCCAUUUCCCUAGCAGCGACCUCAUCAGCUCCCCUUUCCUGGGUCCACACCCACACCAGCCUCCCUUCUGCCUGCCCUUCUAUCUGAUUCCCCCAUCAGCCACCGCCUAUCUGCCCAUGCUGGAGAAAUGCUGGUACCCCACCUCAGUGCCCAUCUUAUACCCGGGCCUCAACACCUCUGCCGCUGCCCUCACCAGCUUCAUGAACCCUGACAAGAUCUCUGCCCCCCUGCUCAUGCCUCAGAGACUCCCCUCCCCCUUGACAGCUCACCCCUCCCUCGACUCCUCUGCUUUGCUCCAGGCUCUGAAACAGAUCCCCCCUUUAAACUUAGAAACCAAAGACUAAACUCGUAAGGGAUCCUGCUAUUUCGCUUUCCAUCCUUCCUUCCUUCAAACACACAUGCACACACACACACACACACACACACACGUACACAUGUGCACAUGAUGUGUGUACAGUGAGAUUGUUCCUUAGUGCAUACUCAGAUGCUUUGAGGUACAGAGGAGACUGAAAGGGCGUGUGUGUGUGUGUGUGUGUGUGUGUGUGUGCACGUGCACUCGUGCGUGUGUGCGUGCAAGUGUGCCCGUGCGGGUACAGAACGUGAAAGCUGCACAUGGUCCAGGGGAAAACUUCCUCGUGUCAGCAGGAGAUGCAGGGGGAAAGCUUUUUUUUUCUUCUUCCCAGAGAAUAGACCACCCUCACUCCACCCUUUGAUCCAAGUCAGCUGGAUUUUCAAAAGCUUUCAAACUCAGUCUGUGAGUCACCCUUCAGUUGGGAAGUUGGGUCUGUGGCUUUGAGGG